GGCCUUGUGUCUGUCCUAGUAUCUCAUUGGACGGAAGAGGAGGCCAGUAGCAAUCCGACACACACUCUCGCACGGAGACACUGCCUCCUUCGCAAACCGUCUCGGUCUCACAUGCAGGUAACCCAGCCCGGCCUGACAGGAGGAGACAGAGCGGCCGGCGUGCUUCAGGACCGAGAGACAAAGCCCACCAUGAAAACACACACACUUGGGCUCCUGGCCCUGCUGGGCCUGAUGCUGUGGGUCUCCUGCAUCCGCGCCGACGGCACAGACGCCGUCGCCGACACCCAGGCGGAGGCAGACACACCCGCGGACAAGCCCGAGGACGACGAAGAAGAGCCCAAGAGGGAGAAAACUACUGAGAUAGAGGAGGAGAAGGAUGUGAUGGUCCUUCACGCCAACAACUUCGCCAGAGCUCUGAGCGAAAACAAGUUCUUGUUGGUGGAAUUCUAUGCGCCAUGGUGUGGACACUGUCGUCAGCUUGAGCCCGUGUACACCGAGGCGGCUGGGAAGCUGAAGGAGCAGGAGCCAGCGAUGGCGCUGGCUAAAGUGGAUGCCACAGAGGAGACGGACCUGGCCGAGGAGUUCAACGUCGGCGGCUUUCCCACUCUUAAACUGUUUGUCAACGGAGACCGCAAGGAGCCCGUAGAUUUUACCGGUAAGAGAACAGUAGAGGGUAUAAUCCAGUGGUUGAAGCGUCGGUCUGGUCCCGCUGCGGUCGUGUUGGACACCCCGGCCUCUGCAGCUCAACUGACUGCGGCACACAAUCUCACCGUGGUGGGAUUCUUCAACAGUCUGGAAAGUGAGGAGGCCAAGCUAUUCACCGAGGUUGCCAUGGACAUGGUUGACAUUGAGUUCGCCAUGACAACAAGUCCCGAAGUUUUCCAGAAGUAUGAGGUGAAAUCCAGCUCGGUGGUGCUUUUCAAGAAGUUUGAUGAUGGCAGAGCGGACCACGUAUUAUCUGAGGAAGGGAAGCUGAACAAAGAUGAGCUAACCACCUUCAUUCAAGUAAACAGCCUGGAGUUGGUCAUUCCAUUCGGCGAACAAAAUGCGGAUAAAAUCUUCGGCUCCAAGGUCCACACACACUGCCUGCUCUUCAUCAACUCCUCUGUGGAGGCUCACACAGCUCUGCUGGAUGACUACCGCACUGUAGCCAAGGAGUUCAAGGGCAAGAUACUCUUUGUCACGAUUGACGUGGACGCACAAGUGUCUCACGUGCUGAAGUACUUCGGCUUGUCCGAGAGCGAUGCCCCAGUGGUACGCAUCAUCGACACCGAAACAGUGAAGAAGUACGCCUUCGAGGCCGGGGAGAUCACAGCGAAUACGUUGCGGCCAUUUUGCCAGGAGGUGCUGGAUGGCACCGUCCAGCCCCAUCUGUUGAGUGAGGAGAUCCCCGAAGAUUGGAACAAGGGCCCGGUCACCGUCCUGGUGGGGAAGAACUUUGACGCUGUUGCUUUGGAUCCCACCAAGAAUGUUUUUGUGGAGUUCUAUGCUCCAUGGUGUGGCCACUGCAAAGAGCUGCUCCCUAUUUGGGAGAAGCUGGGAGAGAAGUAUGCAGACCAUGAGGACAUCAUCAUAGCAAAGAUGGACGCCACAGCCAAUGAGGUGGAGUCUGUCACUGUGUCAGGAUUCCCCACGCUCAAGUACUUCCCCGCUGGUGGCAAGGAGGUGGUAGACUAUUCUGGUAACAGGGACCUGGAGACUCUUUCCAAGUUCCUGGACAAUGGUGGCGUGUUGCCUGAAGAGGAAAAUGAUGAUGAUGAUGACGACGACGACGACGACGACGACGACAAUAAAGACAAAGAAGAGGAGACCGUCGAGCCAUCACAGCCACCAGCCAACGAAACGUCCAAAGAUGAAACAUCCAAAGAUGAACUUUGA